ACUUGCGGAAUUUUAAGCAGGCUUUGGGGUCACAGUUUGCUGUUCCUUGACAUUGAGUUUUGGGAUUGUUUUUGUUCUCUUCAAGACUUAGCGAGACUUUCAGUCCAAGAGAUUGAAGAACAUGAUUGCAUCUGCUGGUAGCUUGUUGGGUUUUCCUUUUGCUUCACUUAUCUGAGAUCUGGUGGGAGUUUCAGAUCUAUCAAUGGGACUAGAGAUGGACUUCGAUCGAAAUCACACAGUGGGUCUGAGUCCUAACACUGUUCUCCCAACUCAUCGGCGUCAUUCCUUUGUUGAAAAGAGGAGCACAAAAGGAAAAUCGAAAAGGAAAGAGGAUUUAUUGAGCAUAAAGGAGGAUUUUGUUGAAAUCAGCUUUCAUCGCUAUCGUAGCUCCUCUGGUAAAAGUGUUCCAUUUAGACCUGUUGAGCAGGAAGUUAACUCAGACCUUAAACGUGGUUCUAUAUAUCAAAGCUCCAAAGAGGUGAGGAAAAUUAAGAAAAUGGGCACUGUUGAUGGAAGGAGAAAGAACGAAAUGCCUCGAAGUAGUGAUACUGCUUUCUCAUACCGAAUUGUUGAUUCGAUGUGUAGUUCAGAUGAGGAAAGCUCACAGAAUAGGUCUUCACUAAUAUCUUUGAAAUCAGACUUGAAUACACCAUCUGGUGGUCGGCCUCAUGUUGAACCAUGUUCAUCAGAUAGUUUGAUUGAUGUUUGUCUGGAUCCAGAUAACAGGGAAAAGCACUCUGCUGAAGCUUUAGGAGAAUAUUCAGUGGAUCUGAAACUAAGAAGUGACCCUGUUGCUGGACCUCUAAACAACGGUAAUGAACUUCUUGAAAGAGACCAAGUUCUCACAUUGCACAAGUCAUUUUCUGCUAAGGUGGAAAUGCUUCAUUCUCCUUCACCAUUAGAGAGUGCUCGGUCAUCGAGGGUCAGCUCAAAGGUCAGGUUCAGCCCUAUCAGAAGGAUGUUCGAUCCUUUCAUGAAGUCCAAGUCUUUGCGAAGUCCAAGUUAUGCAGUGGAACCUGGCAGAGCUAAAACUACUGAGACAGAAAACAUGACAAGAAACCGGACAUAUCAGAAGUCUUUGUUGCCAGUCUUCUCAAAUGCAGCACAGAAUCCAGACUGUGAUCCUCAGUCUAUCAAACGAGAUAACCACCAAUCUCUUGUUGCAUGUUCACCAGUUCACCUACAUGGCCAUCUCAAGUUACAAAAUAAACACGGAACGCCAUUUUUUGAGUUCUCAUUGAAGUGCUCCGAAGAUGUCUUUGUGGCCAGGACAUGGAAAGCAGAUAAUGCUAUUAAUUGGGUGUAUACUUUUCACUCCAUUGGAAGUAGAAAGAAGAGCAAUGCCAGUGGUUGGGGAUUGUAUGGUAGUGACAGAGAAUCUUCAAUGGUGGGACAGAUGCAAGUUUCCUGUUAUCUAUGUUCAGAACUAAAAGAUGGAGUUUUCGACAAUUCCAUGGUGACAGAGUUUGUGUUGUAUGAUGUCUCUCAUGCAAGGCAAACUUUUGCAGCACGAGAAAACUCUAAAUGUACCGUUGAUGAUGUUAAAACUCCAAAAGGUUCUAAUCCGGGCACAGUGGGGGAAACUUUGAAGUUGGAUGAGUCUGGUCCUACUAAAGUUAAACUUGAACAAAAACAUGCUUCAGACAAGAGUGAUUUUGAUUCUUCAGCCUGGGCGUCUGCCAAUUUGCAUCCAAACCUUGAAAUUGCAGCCAUUGUUAUGCAAGUCCCCUUUGAAAAGAGAGAAAGCUUGAAAUACAAGAGAGAGGAUAAGACAAGUGAUAAAGCCCAUGAAAACCUACUUAAUCUCUCUAUGGUCGAACAGAAGAAGGAUGCCCCUGAUAGCCGAGGUCCAGGAAAUGUGAAGGUGGUAAUUCCAGCCGGAAACCAUGGUAUGCCGAGUGAUGAAAGCAAAGGACCUUCGUCAUUACUAGAUCGAUGGAGGCUGGGUGGAGGCUGCGACUGUGGUGGCUGGGACAUGUCCUGUCCACUUAUUGUCUUAAGCAAUCCCCACACUCAAUGUGCUGAUAAUCAACUAUUGGUGGAGAAUCAACAGCCCUUGGAACUUUUUGUUCAGGGAUCAAAGGAGAAAGCACCAGCAUUGACCAUGACAAUGGUCGAAGAGGGACAGUAUACAGUUGAUUUUCAUGCACAGUUAUCCACAUUACAAGCAUUUUCUAUUUGUGUUGCUAUUCUACAUGGUACAGAAACAUCUGCAGCGGCGGGGCAGGAGAGAAACAAACAGUUUUCACAGUGCAAUUCAUUGAAAGUGCUAAUUGAGGAAGAAGUAAAGUACUUAAUUGAAGCAGUCACAGCAGGGGAGAAGAAGGAAGUAGCUAAGAGGGUAAAGAAAAUCCAACCAUCUUUUGUGCUCAACCCACCCUUCUCUCCAAUUGCACGAGUAUAGAUUUCAAGCAGCAUUGAUGGUUUUAUCCGGAGAAUCCCACAAUGGGCUUAGAGACCCCAAACGUUUACCAGAAUGAAUGGAAGGGCAUCAGCAGCAGAUGACUGAAAUAACAUUCCACUGGUACUGAGGGUUGUCGGUGGGCAGUCUGCUCAAUUAGGCAAAAAGGGCUGCCUCAAACGGUUACAGACUUUGUAAAACUGCCAAGUCUUUGCCAUUGCCUGAGGGUUAUUGCCACAGGGUCUAGCUCAUUGAUAAUGUAUCGUUCAACUUGUUUUUCGAUGUCUGUAAUCGCAGUGUCAACAGAAUACAACACUGUCCAUAUUGAAAUCUGUAGGGAAGGGGAAAAUAGUAACCAUAUGAGAAUUGGGAGAUAACAGUCUCUCUAUUUUGCAUUUUUUUUUCCCUUUCAUUUGUAUUUUAGAAGAAGGGUAGCUGGGGGACUACAUUCUUAAAAUGGUUCCAUGAUGCUCUCUCACCAUUACUGUAUAUGGAGCCAGAAGACAAGAACUUUCUUAGCAAAUAAUUACCUCAAACAAUUUUGAAUAAA